CAGAAGAGAGAAAGCAGCACUCAAAAAAAUAAAAAAAAGGGGUAGCAGGUUGUUUGACACACAUGGGCACAUGAGAUAUGAAUAAUGAAGACAAUGAAGAGCGGGAGAUACAUCACAAAGUGACAGCCUCCUAUCAGCUGGGUAGCAAGUAGAACUGAAGAUGAAUACUUUUCAGUCAGAGCAUGGAGUAUAAUACUUAUUUCUUUCCCAAUGUAUGGUGGUGUCUAGGCUCUUUUACGAUGGCUAUUUUAGAUAGCCUUUUGGCCUAGCUCUCUCAUAUACCAUAUCAAGGUGACUAGUGUGACCUCAUGACGCUUCUGUAAAAGCCAGAUUCAGCUAGGAUGUUACACCAUCACUGUCGGAGAAACCCUGAACUACAGGAAGAGUUGCAGAUUCAGGCUGCAGUUGCUGCUGGCGAUGUUCACACCGUGCGCAAGAUGCUGGAGCAAGGAUAUUCUCCAAAUGGUCGAGAUGCCAAUGGUUGGACCUUGCUUCAUUUCUCUGCAGCAAGAGGGCAAGAGCGAUGUGUCCGUGUUUUUCUUGCGCAUGGAGCUGAUCCCACUGUUAAGGACUUAAUUGGAGGCUUCACUGCUCUGCAUUAUGCAGCCAUGCAUGGCCGAGCGAGGAUUGCACGCUUGAUGUUGGAGUCUGAAUACAGAAGUGACAUUAUUAAUGCAAAAAGCAAUGAUGGUUGGACUCCCCUCCAUGUAGCAGCCCACUACGGCAGAGACUCAUUUGUCAGACUCCUGUUGGAGUUCAAGGCUGAGGUUGAUCCGCUCAGUGAUAAAGGUACUACACCGCUUCAGCUGGCCAUUAUCCGAGAGAGGUCAAGCUGUGUGAAAAUCCUUCUGGAUCACAAUGCCAACAUCGACAUUCAAAAUGGUUUCCUGUUACGAUACGCUGUGAUCAAAAGCAAUCACUCUUACUGCCGAAUGUUCCUUCAGAGAGGGGCGGAUACAAACUUGGGUCGCUUGGAAGAUGGACAGACACCCUUACACUUGUCUGCUCUUAGAGAUGAUGUGCUUUGUGCACAAAUGUUGUAUAAUUAUGGAGCAGACACUAACACAAGGAACUAUGAAGGACAGACCCCACUGGCUGUUUCAAUAAGUAUUUCUGGAAGUAGCCGACCCUGUCUGGAUUUCUUACAAGAAGUGACAAGACAGCCCAGAAACUUGCAAGAUCUAUGCCGAAUUAAAAUUCGCCAGUGUAUAGGCCUUCAAAACCUAAAACUACUUGAUGAACUACCCAUUGCCAAGGUCAUGAAAGACUACUUAAAACACAAAUUUGAUGAUAUCUGAUAUCCAUGAAGAGAAGAACUCUGAACAAGAUUAGUUAUAUUCCAGAUACUUAAGAGGCUUGUUGCCUUGCACAAAGUAUAUCCUAUGCAAAUUCUGAUUUUUCUGUGAAGUCAGAAGGCAGGUAUACACUUCCUUGGGUUUUUUAUACCACAUGCUAGAAGGUCUUAAUUUUUGGUUUCUUGGUCCAAGUUUACAAGGUCCAAGCUUUCUAUACAAUAUUACAUUUUAAAAAUUGCUGUUGGUUUUUUGUUUGUUUGUUUUCAAAUUAAGCGUGCAGACUUGCAGUGGAGAUGGAAAAUAGCCUUUCAAGGGAAGUGAUUGGUUCGAAUUGGCAUGCUGAGCAAUUAUUAAAUGAAACAAAGUUUGGAAACCGAGGCACCAGUCCUGCAAAAGGGUACCUAUAGGAAGAUCUUCAGGGCCGUGUUGUGUGUUGUGACUCACAAGAGUCCACAAAGAGCUACAAAGCUGUAAGUCUCUACCUGGCUGUGUGUUUUUGCAGGACAGAAGGUAGAGUUGGUAAUCAACAUGUCCUGGAGUACUAUUCAGAUAUCAUUUGGGAAUUAAAAAAAAAAAAAAAUGCAGUUACCCUAUUCAAUUCAUAGGUGUAAGCAUUAGCUCUUUUGUAUUAUUCUCUUCCUAAUUACUGUAGUUUGGAUGCUGAUAAAAUUCGGGCCCUCUGCUUUCCUGACAUUCCCUGUAAAAUGGGUGGCUGUUUGUAAGUCUAUUUUUAACAGUGACAGUACACUACAGAGAGGCAUAGCCUCUGUAUUUUUUACAUUAACUUAAGAGUACACGAAUUUAGAUUUUUGAAGCCAAUGCAUUCAGUUUCUCAUACAGUGCCUCCUGUGCAAUAAUCUUUCUGAUGUAUUUCCCCUUUAUGUGUGAUUUCUCCCCACACGCUAUUCCUCAUUUAGUCUCAGUACAUUAUUUGUAAGAAUAGGAACUGCUGCCUCACUGUAGUGUUGAUACGAUAUUACUCUAAUGAUGUGGCAGUUGCUGUUCAUUAUUAAUCCCUGAAUUUCAUGAAUGUAUAACCUGCUUUAUUUCACUUUCGGUUGAAAUUUUAUCUACGGGUUCUCAGACAAAUUUUGUCCAU